AUGCAGCUCGUUGUCUCUGAUGUCUCUUCAUCCAGCUCCCGAGCACCUUGGCCAAACUCUGAGCGCAGCGAGUUCCUUGCACUUCUCGGAGCGUGCUCGCUUGGGGAGGUAGGGCUGGUCAAGCUUCCUCCAGUCAUGAGACCUCACAAGGAGACAGCGACGACCUUAUUGACCCCUCGAUUAGGACGCGAAAGCUCCUCGAAGCUGUCCCGUUUAGGCAAGAGCGAGGUUCCUGCCUCACCUGGAGAUUAUAAAUACCCCAGACCCCCCAGUCUCACUUUCCCUUUGCCAACUCUUCUCCUCUGCACCUCCCUACACUCUUCAGCCAGCUCCACUGGUUUCCCAACUUUAGUUCUCUUCCAAUUGGACUGCCAUUCUCCCGCGCCUGGAACUCCCUUCUACCUCCACUUGACCUUCAUCCUGGGUCAAAAAUUCACCAUGAAGCCCUUCAAGAGCUCCACGCGUACGGUCAAGCGCUUCUCGCUGACUCUGUCUGCGUUUGCUGCGGUGGUGCCUGCUCUUAUUCGUUCUUGA